AUGGAGGAGCAGGAAGAAUGUGGUGGAUGCGUCCCGGCGGUGGAGGUGGUUUGCAUUGAGUCAGGUCUUGCCCGGGCGAAGGGGAGCUUACAGCAGGGAUCACUCCGCCUCGCUCAGCUCUUGCUCGCUUCAAAGGGCCGCGGGAGGAGAGCUUCUGUGAAAUACUACAAUAACAGCCAGUAUAACCACCCUUUCAAAACACGACCGGACCGGGCCAGGCCUGAGAGUGGCUUUGCACAGAAGGAGACGCUUUGGGGGAUGCCACUGUGUCGGGGUGCCCUUCCUCUGCCAUGGAAAAGCAUCAAACGGCCAAGACAGCGCGCACACACAUGA